UAUAUCCAACGGAUUUUACACCCUCCUCGGAUAUACUGAAGAAGAUACAAGGGUUCUUCUAGGAUGUAAGCCGUGCCCAUAGCUGGCAACCUCCGAAUGAAUUGGCAGGUGGUUGCGCAAUGGAAAUAGGAAAUUGACACCUGUCGCUGAACGACUUACAUGGUUGCCCUUUCCGCAACAGCAGCCGACCUAUUGUUUCCGCGAUGGUUAUCGAUGCGCCUUUUGGCGCAAAAGGAUCAGUAUGCCCCUCACCCUUCGUAUGUCGGUUUCGAGGGCUGGUAUACUCGGAUACAAGACGAAUCAGCGGGACUCUCCAUCAUUCUGAUUUUUUGCUCUCUUGGAGACUCGACGCCAUCAGGUACUCCUCGGAAGCACUAUUUCCAUUUCUCAGUAAUGUCUAUUGGUGACUCGUCUACUAUCGAGCCGGCCGAGUUCCACUUGUUUCCUGAUGAGCUUCAACAUAUCGUGGACUCCCCGCCCGAUCCAGAGACAGGUUUGCAACCAUAUACUUUGAACAUACCUCAUUGGAAGCUUCGCCAAAGCUCUUCCGAGCACUGGAAAGUGUCCAUAGACAUAACCGAUCGUGUUCCAUUAUCGCAGGAGCACCCUCUACUGAGUACUCCGCACAGCAUGGCCCUUUCAAGAUUGGAAACUUUACUUCCAUUGCAUUGGGCAAUUUUCUCAACCGGAUCGAAGGCAAAUUACGACGUGAAGCAUAUCGGCGCCGAUGGGGUGGGAUUGGAAGUCUUUGGAGGCACUGGGGUGGCACAUAUGAAAAAGAACUGGGGCGCAUCAUUUCCAACUGGCUGGACAUGGUGUCAAGCAUUUGGCGCAUCUUCGCACGACCCCGCGCAGACAUUCGGUGACCAUCGAGACAAUGCGACGAGAGAUUGUGCUGCCAUUGCGGGCGGUGUUCUCGCUUUGGGUCAAAAGGCAUAUCUCAUCCAUUACAAGGAUUCAGGCAACGCCUGGCGCCCUCGUCGCGAACGUUCGAUACAUCCAAGGUAUCCAGCGAAAGAUCAUGAAAGUACUGAACAUUCUGAUCCUAAUGACAAGCAACGUAUCAACUGGACCUCCCGCCCAUUAUGGACUCUGAUUCUAGCACUCCCAUAUCCCGCUGGUAUCCCACGAUUCAAGGUAUCGCGGAAGAAUCCAUUGAAAAAGCCCUUAUCAUCUAAUACCUUUAACUCCUCUGCUGGCCGUGGGCCAACCGCCGUCAGCACAUUGACGUUUAAUUUUUCCAUCCUCGGCCUCCCUGCACUGUCCCUCAUGAUCCCUUAUGCCGUCAUCCAGUUUUCCCCAUUUGGAUCCAUGCAUGAAACGUUCACAUACGAUGAACGCUCAGGAUUCGGACGAUUGCAGCUUACCGCCGCGACCCUUAACAGACGGAUCCUAAUCGAUGUACGGUCAGAGUCGCCGCCUGCCACUCUCAAUUCACAAGUACAGCCGAGAUGGCUUGCACUCCAUUGCCCGAUGCCUGGUGGGCAUGCCACACGUGCGUACGAGUCAUUCACAGCAAGGGCAACGAUAAGAGCCUACAGGCGCCAGUGGAGAUCUGGCUGGCCACGAUGGGUCGAAAUCAGGAACGUCGAGUUUGAACACGCGGCAUUGGAGUUUGGAGGAUUGUAUGCUGCGAUAGCAUGAUCAGCGCCUCAAUAAAUCAAAGACGCCAAUAUGAGACGAGUUUAUUAUAACUUGCCCCUUCCAGUUGCAUAUAUUGGACCCUGGCUGCUCACCUUCUAUAACUUUAUUCCAAACUGUGCAGAUGUGUUAUUCUGUACGUAGGGCUUGCGGGGAUCGGGUGGAGUAUAUGGAUCAAUGGCCACCCCAGGCUGAUGCUGGUACGUCGAGGAACCUGAUGUGUUUGGUUCCGAACACAAUAACCAGUUGGAUAAAAUGUUGCUCUUUUCUGGCGUGCAUGAUUCUGGGAUGAAGUCAUCGAGAACUGCUACCGUGGGUGGAGGGUUUAAGGAUACCUAUCCCAUUCCUUUGCGCACUGGUCUUGGGAUUAA